AUGGCGGUGGCUGCGUGGCUUCAGGUGGUGCCUGUCAUUCUUCUCCUCCUCGGCGCUCGAACCUCCCCAUUGUCGCUUUUCAGUGUAGGGCCGGCACCUGUCGCUGCUGCCGGGAGAUCCAAGUGGCACAUUCCGAUACCGUCGGCGAAAAAUUAUUUUAGUUUUGGAAAGAUCCUCUUCAAAAAUACCACUAUCUUCCUGAAAUUUGAUGGAGAACCUUGUGAUGCAUCUUUGAAUAUAACGUGGUAUCUGAAAAGUGCUGACUGUUACAAUGAAAUCUACAACUUCAAGUUGGAAGAAGUGGACGCAUACUUGGAAAACCUUAAGGAAAAAAAAGACUUGUCUGGAAAAUAUGAAACAUCAUCAAAAUUGUUCCAGAACUGCAGUGAACUCUUUAAAGCACAGAGCUUUUCUGGAGAUUUUGUGCAUCGAUUGCCUCUUUUAGGAGAAAGACAGGAGGCUAAGGAGAAUGGAACAAAUCUUACCUUUACUGGAGACAAAACUGUAAUGCAUGAUCCAUUGAAAACUUGGCAAGAUGCACCAUACAUUUUUAUUGUACAUGUUGGCAUAUCAUCCUCCAAGGAAUCAUCAAAAGAAAAUUCACGAAGUAAUCUUUUUACCAUGACUGUUGAAGUGAAAGGUCCCUAUGAAUACCUCACGCUUGAAGAAUACCCACUGAUGAUUUUUUUCAUGGUGAUGUGUAUUGUAUAUGUCCUGUUUGGUGUUCUGUGGCUGGCAUGGUCUGCUUGCUAUUGGAGAGAUCUCCUGAGAAUUCAGUUUUGGAUUGGUGCUGUCAUCUUUCUGGGAAUGCUUGAGAAAGCUGUCUUCUAUGCAGAAUUUCAAAACAUCCGAUACAAAGGAGAAUCUGUCCAGGGUGCCCUAAUCCUUGCAGAGCUGCUUUCUGCAGUUAAACGCUCACUGGCUCGAACCCUGGUCAUCAUAGUCAGUCUGGGAUAUGGCAUAGUCAAGCCUCGCCUUGGAGUCACUCUUCAUAAGGUUGUGGUAGCAGGGGCCCUUUAUCUUUUGUUCUCUGGCAUGGAAGGGGUCCUCAGAGUUACUGGGGCCCAGACUGAUCUUGCUUCCUUGGCCUUUAUCCCCUUGGCUUUCCUAGACACUGCCCUUUGCUGGUGGAUAUCCUUCUCAUUGGCUAGUUUGAUGGCCAUCCAUUUUCUUCUUUUGGAAAAAAUGAUCUUUCUAUAA